AUGACCAACAAGAAGCUUACAGUCCUCCUUGCAAUUGUUGCUUUGGUUCUUGCCGCUCCCAUUCGUCUGGGAACGACCGUUACGAUAGAUAGCAAAUCGGUCUUUUGUCUACUUCUUCCAAGAAAACGCGGUGGCAACAUUGCCGCCAGCGAAAGUAGUGCGGUUUCAUUUUGCACAAAGGCAACUACUAACACACCUAAUACCAAUAUUCUUCCGAAAGACUGUAUAAAGACAAUAAAUCACGCUACUGGACCGGGGUACGUUCAAAUAAUGGGCAGAAUUGACAGUUCCAAAUACGGUUUGCGUUCAGACGACGGUGGUGGCCAGUAUGAUCCAAAGGCUCGUCCUGGUUCAUCCUGUGCUGGAGCCAAGAAGUUUGUACAUUUAAUUGAGCCCGACACACAAUUGUACUGUAUACGUUGCUGCACUGACCCCAAGAAAUGCAACACUGGAAUAAGUACUAAGGGAUGUAGAGUAAUUAUUCCUGGCACGUACUGA